UCUACGGAUUGGCGCGAGAGUCAAAAGGCGUCGGCCGCUUCUGGGUAAGAUGGCUGCCGCGGAGGUGUCGUUGUGGGGCAACUUUGCGUCGGGACGGCGACAUCUAGACUGAGUCGGAGGCGAAGGUUCCAGCGUCCUUCCGUCUUUGGUGAGCUCACUCUGGGCGCAGCCUCGGAACAGCCUGUGUUGCUGGCAGCGGUGUUCGGGGGCCUGGGGCCUUCCUGGGUCACACAUCGCCUCAGCCAGGAGUCAGAAAAAGUGUCCAAGCUUUGGGACAGGUUUCUGUUCUGUACCAGUCCUGCCCAGGAUGGAACGUGGCAUAAAAUCUGAGUCACGUUAGCAUUUACCUGUGAUUGAAGUCUGCACAGCUGGGAAAAAUUCUCAAGGUAUGGACGAGAAGGGCGACCCCAGCAGCGAGGAGGCACCCAAGGCCAUCAAGCCCACCAGCAAAGAGUUCCGGAAGACGUGGGGCUUCCGGAGAACGACCAUCGCCAAGCGCGAGGGUGCGGGGGACGCGGAGCCCGAGGCCCUGGAGCAGCCGCCGCCGCAGCAGGGCCUGUCCCUACGGCGCAGCGGGCGGCAGCCAAAGCGGACGGAGAGGGUGGAGGAGUUUCUCACCACCGUGCGCCGCCGGGGAAGGAGGAGCGCCCCGGCGCCCCUGGAGGAGCCCGGCGAGCCGGCGUCCUGCCCGCUCACGGAUGGCGACACCGCCUCUGAGGGGAGCGUGGACAGCGCCUCCGACGGGAAGGGCGGGCCCAAGCCUGGCUCCUCGGCUGUUAAGGAGCGGCCGGCCUCCUCCAAGGCCAAAGGGGGUGACGACGAUGAGGACGACACCUCCGAUAGUGACAGCGAUGGGCUGACUUUGAAAGAGCUGCAGAACCGCCUGCGGAGGAAGCGGGAGCAGGAGCCCGCCGACCGGCCCCCGAAGGGCCUGCAGAGCCGCCUGAGGAAGAAGCGUCGCGAGGACCCGGUGGAGACCGCGGGCGUGGAGGCGGCCGACGCGGGGGAGGGCUCGCUGCCUGUCAAGGCGGAGCCCGAGGCCGACCAGGGGGCCGCGUCCCCAGCCGCGGAGGACGACCGCGAGGGCGAGCUGCAGGGGCCGGCGGCUCCGGGCGGGAGAGAGCAGGAGCGCGGAGGCCCGGGGCGCCCCAAGCCGGAGUGCGAGGUGUACGACCCCAGCGCCCUGUACUGCAUAUGCCGGCAGCCCCACAACAACAGGUUUAUGAUUUGCUGCGACCGCUGCGAAGAGUGGUUCCACGGUGACUGUGUGGGCAUCUCUGAGGCGCGAGGGCGGCUCCUGGAGCGGAACGGGGAGGACUACAUCUGCCCCCACUGCACCAUCCUGCAGGUGCAGGACGAGAGGAGCGCGGAGAGCGCGGGCCCGCAGGCCGCGGGGCCCAGGCCUGCCGACGCCGACGGCGCGGACUUGACGAGCGUCGGGACCGUGGAGCAGACGUCGGGGGGAGACCAGGGCAUCAAGGGGAGGAUUGAGAAGGCCGCGAACCCGAGCGGCAAGAAAAAGCUCAAGAUAUUCCAGCCUGUGGUGGAGGCGCCAGGCGCCGCCAAGUGCAUUGGCCCUGGGUGCUCUAGCGCGGCGCAGCCGGACUCCGUGUACUGCAGCAGCGACUGCAUCCUGAAGCAUGCCGCCGCCACCAUGCGGCUGCUCAGUGCCGGCAAAGAGCCGAAGCCAAAGCCCAAGGAGAAAGGCAAGACGAAACCAGAAAGACUCAUUCUUCAAAAAUGUACUGUUCAGGCAGGCAUUAAAGUCGCUCCUGUGCACAAGAGACCGGCGCCGGACAGGAAGGAGAACGCAGCGAAGAAGGCGGCAGCUGCCCCGCCCCGGAGCGAGAGCCUGGCCCCGGAGCCGGCCUCGGAGAGCAGCACGCCGUCGUGGGCCAGCGACCACAAUUACAAUGCGGUCAAGCCCGAGAGGACCGCUGCCCCCCGGCCGCCACUGUUGUGUAAAUCCGGGAAGGAGGACAGACGCGUGGAGAAGGUGGUGGCAGCGGCAGCGCCCAAGAAAGGGGCUCCUCCGGGCUCCUCUGGGGGCGGCAAACAGCCCGCGCCCCGAAACCUCCUUCCCAAGAAGUCUCCUCCUUUUGCGAACGCGGCAACGGCCAGGCCAGCCAUCCGGAAGUCACCCUCGGGCUUCAAGGGCACCGUCCCCAAGAGGCCGUGGCUCUCGGCCGCCCCCUCGGGCGCUGGCCCAGCGGCCAAGCAGGCCGGCCUGGCACCGGGUGCGGCCUCAUCCGCUCCCAAAAAGUUCCCGGGACCGGCAGCCUCGGCGGCCGCCGUCAAAAAACCACUGCCCGCCUCCGCUCCCCUGGCCUCGCCCGCCCUCGGACGCCUGGUCCCCUCCAGUCCCGCCUCGUCCCAGCCAAACUCGCAGAUUCGGCAGAACAUCCGGCGCUCCCUGAAGGAGAUCUUGUGGAGAAGGGCCGCCGACAGCGACGACCUGGUCAUGACGGAGAGCGAGGUCGGCCGGGUCGCGCUGCGCAUCGAGAAGGAGAUGUUCGGCCUCUUCCGCGUCACGGACAGUCGCUACAAGAGCAAGUACCGCAGCCUCAUGUUCAACCUCAAGGACCCCAAGAACCAGGGGCUCUUCCACCGCGUUCUGCGGGAGGACAUCUCUCUGGCAAAACUCGUGAGGAUGAAGCCGGAGGAGCUCGUGUCCAAGGAGCUGUCCGUGUGGAAAGAGAGGCCGGCGAAGGCCGUGAUGGAGCCCAGAGCGAAGCUGCACAGUGAGAGCAAGAAGCCUGCCGCUAAGCAGGAAACAGCUCCCGACCUGGGAGACUCUCCACCGGUGUCGGACUCGGACGAGCAGCAGGAGGCGGUGCGGGCGGCCCCCGAGCGGAGCGCGGCGCCCCUCGACGUCUUCAGCAGCAUGCUGACGGACACCACCAGCCAGCACCGGGCCCACCUCUUCGACCUGAACUGUAAAAUCUGCACAGGUCAGGUCCCAUCCUCAGAAGACGAACCAGCUCCCAAGAAGCAGAAGGUGUCAGCUUCCGCCCGGAAGGAGGACUCCAAGCCCGUGUUGGGCAGCCCUGCCCCGGAGCCAGGCCUCAGCUCCGCGGACGACCUGGUGCCAGACGCUCUGCCCAAACACGCCUCAGAGCCAGACCUGGGAGGCGCCGCGCAGGCACACCUGGAGGGCACGCAUCCCCCGGUGCCUGCAGGGGACACCCCCCCCGCGCCCGCCACCCUGGAGGACCCCCCGGGCCCAGCCCCCGGUGGGGGCAGCGUGCUCACCACCGUCACCGUGUCCGGCCGGGACCCCAGGACCGCCCCAGGGGCGGCGAGCACCGUCACGGCUCCCGCGGCAGCCCAGCCGCCAGAGCCCCGGCCAGACCCCCCGAAGCCCGUGGCGACCUCCGUGACGGUGCCCAAGUCCAUUCUGGCCAAGCCGUCCACGCCCCCCGAGCCCAGAUACCUCCUGUCCAUCCCUCCGUCUCCGAGCACCAGCGUCCCGGAGUCGCGGUCGCCUCCCGAUGGAGACACCUCCCUCUUCUUGUCUCGGCUCGGCACCAUCUGGAAAGGGUUCAUUAACAUGCAGAGCGUCGCGAAAUUUGUCACGAAAGCGUAUCCCGUCUCUGGGUGUUUUGACCACCUCAGUGAGGACCUGCCCGACACGAUCCACGUCGGCGGGAGGAUCGCCCCCAGGACGGUCUGGGAUUACGUGGGCAAGCUCAAGUCUUCCGUGUCCAAGGAGCUGUGUCUGAUCCGCUUCCAGCCCGCCACGGAGGAGGAGGAGGUGGCCUACAUCUCCCUCUACUCCUACUUCAGCAGCCGCGGCCGCUUCGGGGUCGUGGCCAACAACAGCAGGCACGUCAAGGACCUGUACCUGAUCCCCCUGAGCGCCCGGGACCCCGUGCCCUCCAAGCUCCUCCCCUUCGAGGGGCCAGGUCUCGAGUCUCCGCGGCCGAACAUAAUCCUCGGGUUAGUGAUCUGCCAGAAAGUAAAGCGUCCGUCCGGCGCCGGCGAGCUGGACAAGCCGGAGGAGAAGCGGGCCCGGCCGCCGACGCAGGACGAGCUGGACGGCGCCCCCUACGCCAAGGCGCCCGGCGCCCUGCUCCCCGAGAAGAAAGCCCCCAAGUAUCCGCUCAGCUCGGGGGACCUGGCCGCCAGCUCCACACCCCCGGGCUCCCCCCCACCCCCGCCCCCUCCCCCGGAAGCCCCCGCGGCGCCCGCCUCGGCCUCCGUGUUAAAAAUACUGUCAGCCCUCAAGCCAGGUGCCGCCAGCGCCGUGUCGCCUGCGUCGUCGGCCGUGGCGGCGGCCGCGGCCCCCGCCGCUCCCUCUGCUUCCAAGACGGCGUCGCCCCUGGAGCACAUCCUGCAGACGCUCUUCGGGAAGAAGAAGUCCUUCGACCCCCCGACCAAGGAGGCUGUGGAGGCCGCGCCCGCCUGCCUCGACCCGCACGCCAGGGCCGACAGCGGGCUGCCGGCCGCGCCUCUGCUGGACCCGAUCGUCCAGCAGUUCGGGCAGUUCUCCAAAGACAGGGCUCUGGAGGAGGAGGAAGAUGACCGGCCGUACGACCCCGAGGAGGAGUACGGCCCCGAGAGAGCCCUCGACGCGCCGCUCCUCGAGCGGGGCAGGCGCCAGGACGCGGAGGCGGCCCCCGAGGCGGCCGAGCGUGAGGAGGUGGCCUACGACCCGGAGGAUGAGACCAUCUUGGAAGAGGCCAAGGUGACCAUCGACGACCUGCCCAACCGGAUGUGCGCAGAUGCCCAGGCCGGGCCCGGCGCCCCCACCCCGUCCCUGGCCGAGCAGCAGCAGAUGAUCGAAGAGCUCAGCCGCCAGAUCGAGGAGCAGAAGCGCCAGGUGGAGGAGCAGGAGGAGGCGCUCCGGCUGCAGCGGGCCGCCGUCGGGGCCUCCAUGGCCCACUUCUCCGUGUCGGACGCACUCAUGUCGCCGCCGCCCAAGGCCGAGCUGUUCCCGCAGGAGCCACAGGCUGGGGGCAGGGCGGCCGUGCUCCCCGCCAGCAGCCAGGGGCCCGGCCCGAGCGCCGACCUGCGGCCCAGCCGGGAUCCCCGGCAGGCCCGGCGCCUGGCCGCGGAGAGCAGUGAGAGCGAGGCCGCCCCAAAGCCUCCGGCCAACGGCACACGCGGCGCCCCGCCAGCCAGAGAGGUUCCCGGCGGGGCCGUGGCGGGCCCCGGGCCUGUGCCAGCCCUGGAGGAACCUGACUCGGCCCCUCCACCCUGGGCUCCGGACGAGGAGGCUGCGCUGCCGGCCAAGCAGGACGGGCCCCUGGGCGAGCGCUCCCAGAGCCCGGGGCAGCAGCCAGGGGAGAGCGCACAGCCCAUGGCCCCCGGGGAUGGCGUGCCCAGGCCCGCCCGGAAGGUGCUGCUGCCCACGCCCCCCGGAGCCUCCUUCCAGCCUCACUUCCCUUCGCAGAACGAGGGCCAGAACUUCAACCCUCCGGGAGGAAGGGAUGCCUUCUCAGGCCCUCUCUACGCAUCUCAGGAAAAAGCACUCAGCUGCUUCCAGUACGAGGAUCCGAGACCUGCUCAGUUUGCUGGACGGGGCGACCCCCCGACGGCUGAAGCCGAGGGAGACAGAGAGCCCCAGCCCAGGCCUGGCGAGGGGCCCGGCCUGUUCCCCCCAGCCACCCAGAAAGGAGGGCCCCCGCCCCAGUUCCCCGGCCAGCGGGAGCCCGCACCGCCGCGCACUUUCGGAAUGUCCGGCCUUCACGGCCCCAAUUUCCCGGGACCGCGGGGGCCCGUCCCUCCGUGCUCCGAAGAGAACGUCGUUUCUAACAACGAGGGGCCCAGGGGGGGGGCCCCGCCUGGCAGGUUCGGGCCCCAGAAGGGGCCCAUCCCUUCCCUGUUCUCAGGGCCACACGGGCCACCUCCCUAUGGGGACGGCAGGGGCCCCUCCCCCUCUCACCUCGGUGGGCCCAGGGGAGGGGCCCCACCCCCCUUUGAAGACCGCACAGACCCCCACGGGGAGAAGAGGGAGUUCCAGGACGGCGCCUACAGCGAGGCCGUGGGCCCGCCCGCCCCGUUCGAAGGGCCAGAGCAAGGCCAGUUCCUGGGGGGCCGGGGCGGGGGCGCCCCGUUCCAGUUUGGAGGCCAGCGGAGGCCUCUGCUGUCUCAGUUUAAAGGACCCCGGGGCGGCCCUCCCCCCUCGCAGUUCGGGGGUCAGCGAGGACCGCCCCCUGGCCACUUCGGGGGCCCCAGGGGGCCGCACCCUGGGCAGUUCGAAGGCCCCAGGGGCCAGGCCCCCAACUUCAUGCCGGGGCCCCGCGGGAUUCAGCCUCAGCCGUUCGAGGAGCAGAGGGUCCACUCGCCGCCCAGGUUUGCCAGUCAGAGGGCGCCGGCCCCGCUGCAGUUCGCGGGCCCCAGGGGCUCAGCCCCGUUCCCCGAGCAGGGUGAGGCUGCGCCCCCGCGCUUCCAGUUCCAGGGCCAGGCCGCCCCCGGCUCGAAGCCCGCGCCCCGGCCCCUGCUGGAGCUGCCCAGCCACCCGCCGCAGCACCGGAAGGACCGCUGGGACGAUGCCGGCCCGGCCCCGGCCCUGCCGGCCGCGCCUGGCCCGGGCCCCGAAGCCGACUUCCGCGAGGCCAAAGGCCACGAGUACCGAAACCAGGCUUUCGAGGGGCGGCCGAGGGAGCGGUUUGAGGCCGGGCCCAAGGAGAAGCCCCCCGACGAGCCCGAGGCCCCCCGCCCGACGGCCCCGGGCCGCGCCCUCGAUGACCGGCGCCGCGAGCGGGAGCGUGGGAAGCCCUGGGAGCGGGAGCGCGGCCGCACCUGGAGCCGCGAGCGGGACUGGGACCGGGGCCGCGAGUGGGACCGACACCGCGACAAGGACGCUGGCCGUGAGUGGGACCGCGGCCGCGAGCGGAACACGGGCAGGGACAAGGGGCGCGAGUGGGACCGGGGCCGCGAGCGGAGCCGCAACCGGGACCGGGACCGCAGGCGUGACCGCGAGAGGUCCCGCAGCAGGGACCGCGACCGCGACAAGGCCCGCGAGCGGGAGCGAGGCAGGGACCGCAGGGACCGCAGCCGGAGCCAGGAGCGGCCCCGGGACACCAAGGCCGAGGCCCCGCGGGCCCCCGACCCCGCCGCCCAGGCCUAGGGCGCCCGCACAGAGCAGGACCCUCUGGAUUCAGAAGUGACUGUAAUUUUGUGCGUAAUGGUUUCUUCCACUGUCUCACACCUUUCCAGUUGUGACGCUUUAAAACUAACAAACAGAAACUAAGAACUCUCAAUGUUUCCAUUGAAAGUGACUGAAAUGGGAAAUAUCCAGGAAAGCAUAUUGCUUUUUCAGAUCAUAAAGUUAUCUUUUUCUAAUAACUCGACUCUUGUAAAUUUUAAGGGAAUCUCAGUGGACCUCAGAGCCAUACCUGCCCGACAUCUCAUCUGUGCUGCUGUUUUCACAGGUCCGGGGGGGUGGGCGGGCGGGCGGGGUGCUGCGUGCUUCUGGGGGGGCGCCGGGAAGCAGCCCACACGCGUUCUCCUCUCUUGUAAAGGCAUUGGAAUUACACACUUCAGCCGGGAGACAAAACGCUUUUCUUGGUUUUGCUCAGUUUUUAGGUAUCGCCUUACACAUUUCUUUUCAAAUACAUGAUUUAAAGCAACAUCUAAAUAGAAAUGGUUGAAUUUUAAAUAACAGUUUGUUUUAAAAGGUUUCAGUUUUACCAGCCUAAACAAAACGAGAAAAUAACCAAUUAAGUGAACUUUGGGGGGGGAGGGCUUCGAUAUGAAUAAUCAGGACCGUGGGGGGGGGGGGGGCGCUCUGGCGUCUGAACAGUUCUUUCUCGAUCCCAGGAGGAGGCCGCUAGCGCCAAAGCGUUAGAUUCGUCAGGUGAUAAAUUUCAACGUUUGUCAUUGAAAUGGAACAAUAUUUGUAUAAAGCCCGAGAUGAAAAUAGUGUAUUAGCUUCAGAGCUGCAGACUCGGAAGUUUUUCACUGUGAAACACAGUAUACUGCUUCUCGUCAUGUAUUUUCCAAGUACUUCUCAAGUGUGAAAUAGAGAAAACCGUGCUAAUUUAUUUGACUGUACAAUACACUUUGAUAAUUUUUUAUAUUUUCAUAAACUUCCUUUUGCAGAUGCAAAAUUAUUAGAGGAUUUCGUUGGUUCUUUGGGGUCUCGUCGCUACAGAGUUUUCGCUUUGUAGCACAGACAUUUUAAGUUGUGAGAACCCAGCGAUUUGGGGUGAUCGGUGUUAGAGACCCAGCAGGAGGUUAAAUUACACGAACGUGGAGUCAAGUUCCAAUAGCUAACGUGACAUGAAGGGUUUUUUUACCUGUAAAGCAAAUUUUUCUAAUUUAAAUACAACAAGUGUAAAAAUCAGGUGUGUUUCUUUAGGUUUACUGGAUAGAAGUUUCUGUAAAUUGUAUUUUAUACUGCAAAGGAUUCUAUCACUGUACAUUAAACGUGGAACUUAUAGCUUUGUUACUUGACGUAGAAUAAACACCUGCAGCAAGUUGCCUGCC